AUGACUAUAGAGGGCACCGACGGGACUCAACAUGGUCACGCAGAACCAGCCCAGCCUUUGAAGAAGCCCGGAUACAGUAUCCCUCGAGGCUUUGACAAGCUCCUCCACCACGAGCCCGAAUUAUCAUCACCAGGUCCCAAGCCGCCACGUCCAUCUUCGCACACUCGCUUUCGUCUCCAUGUUCGACAGCAACCAUUAGCUGCGCGAGCUUGCGGUGCAGGUGAUCGAGACAGGCGGCCAAUCGACCCACCCCCGAUAAUUCAGAUUCUUCUCUCGGACUUUGAUUCGGCGGCGCAGGAAGACCUCGAGAUCUUGCAGGAUCCUCGAUUCACAGUCGGCUGUCUACUGUUCCCUGUCUCAGACUCCUCGAGCUCUUUCACCUCCGCAGAAAAUGGCGGAGUCCAGUCUUCAGAACACGAUCGAGACGAACUCCUCAACCCAGACGAAUCUCCGUCCACACCUCUGCUGUCCGGAAAGGCAUUCAUGUCUCCAUUCUACGUGGACGCAGAUCCCGAUCCCAUCUCCGCCCCCAAUCAUCCAAGUUCACUGUCGGACCUCAAUCUCAAGCAUGACGCCCUCAAUCCGCACGGACGGCCCCAACAUCUACGCAAUGCAUCCAAACUCAACCAACCAGCGACCUUUUUCAUCUUUGCAGAUCUGUCGAUCCGUUCCGCCGGACUCUAUCGGUUGCAAUUUCGCCUGAUGAACUGGGGUUCUGUCGAAGAUACCGGUCAAUCCAUGCCUAUCCUGGCAGAGGUAUGGUCCGAUCCCUUUCGAGUAUAUGCCGCGAAGGAUUUUCCCGGCAUGCGCGAUUCGUCACUCCUAGUUGAGGGAUUGAAGGAACUUGGUUUUGUGGAAUUGAAAACACGCGGGAAGGGCAAAGGUAAGGGGAGAAAACGGAUGUGA